AUGUUGAUGGAACUCCAAGCCGGGAGCUCAAGGCUCUCGACUUUUAUCCUAUGGCCUCUGUUAGCAGUACCACUAGUCGUUAUCGGCCUCCUGCUGCAAAUCAUCUACAACGUAACACUCCAUCCCCUCUGCAAAUACCCAGGCCCCAAGCUAUGGGCCGCCACCAGAAUCCCCUACGCGAUGAUGUCCGCCCGCGGCCAGACGCACAAGGAGAUCCUCGCCCUCCACCAGUACUAUGACGCUGAGAUCGUCCGCGUCUCGCCCAACGAGCUCUCCUUCCAGCACCCGGACGCCAUGAAGGAGAUAAUGGGCCACCGCAAGGGAAAUACCGAGGAGAACGCCAAAGACCCGGACUUUAUCGACAAGAACCACAUGGACAUCAUCUCAGCCAACCGUGAGGAUCACUCCCGCUACCGCCGCAUCCUGUCCAACGGCUUCUCCGCCAAGAGCAUGCAGGAGCAACAGCCCAUCAUCAAGGGGUACGUUGACCUCCUCAUCGAGCGGCUCCACGGCAUCUCGAGCAAUGGCCCCGUCGACAUCGUGUCGUGGUACAACUACACCACCUUUGACAUAAUUGGCGACCUCGCCUUUGGGCAGUCUUUUGGGUGCCUCGACAAGUCCGACUACCAUCCCUGGGUCAAGAUGAUCUUUACCAGCAUCAAGAUGAAUUGCAUGGUCAACAUCACCAGGAGCUUCAAGGUCCUCGAACCUCUCCUUAAAGCCUUUAUCCCCAAAGACUUGAUGAGGAAGGGCAUGGCGCACAGGCUGUUCGUCCGCGAAAAGGUCGAUGAGAGAGUGUCUCUCGGCACGCCACGACCUGACUUUGCGGAAACCAUGCUCAAGAAGGGAGCUCAGCCAAUGAACAUGGCAGAAAUAUACGAAAACGCAAACGUCCUCAUCAUCGCCGGCUCCGAGACGACGGCGACGGCCCUCUCGGGCUGCACCUACCUCCUCCUGACCAACCCGGACAAGCUGGCCAAGCUUACGCAGGAAAUCAGGACCUCGUUUCAAAACGAAGACGAAAUUGACCUCCUCAGCACCGCCGAGCUCGAGUACCUCCAUGCCGUCCUCGAGGAGACCCUGAGAGCGUACCCUCCAGUCCCCGUCGCGCUACCACGUAUCACUCCGCCGUCAGGACAAGAGAUUCUAGGGCAAUGGAUCCCCGGAAAUACCACAAUCGGCGUCGCCCACUGGGCCCUCUACCACAACGAAAAGAUCUUCUCCAAGCCCUUCGAGUUCCACCCGGAGCGCUGGCUCGGCGACCCGGCCUUCGCCGGCGACCACCUCGAGGCCCUCAAGCCCUUCCACAUCGGGCCCCGCAACUGCCUGGGCAUGAACCUCGCCUACGCAGAGAUGAAGAUGAUUCUCUCAAAGGUCCUUUGGAACUUUGACCUCCAGCUAGCCGCCCAGAGCACGGGCUGGAUCGACCACGACGUCUACAUCCUCUAUAACAAGCCGCCGCUCAUGGUGCACCUGACGCCGGCGGUCAUGGCUGUGGAGUAA